AUGACUGGUCAUGUUUCUAUUAAAUUGGCAUCGGAACGAGUAAAUCAUUGUGUUGCUGCUAAUAAUGAAUUACCUCGCUUCUAUACGCCUGGAGAGGUUAUAUCUGGUAUGCAGGAUUUCAUGCGCGGUCACGGAACAUAUACAGAAGAUGAUUGCCUUAAGUCGUCAGUCGCGGGUGUUAUGCAAAAAGUUAACAAGUUGAUAUGUAUUCGGCCACUGAAGAGCCGGUACGUGGGUGAAAUUGGUGAUGUUGUAGUUGGGCGCGUGCUUGAAGUACAGCAGCGACGUUGGAAAAUAGAGACUAACUCACGUCUAGACUCUGUUCUUCAAUUAUCAUCUGUUAAUCUUCCUGGAGGUGAAUUGCGUCGGAGAUCGGCUGAAGACGAGCAGAUGAUGAGAAAGCAUUUGCAAGAAGGUGACCUAAUUAGUGCUGAAGUACAAAGUGUGUUUUCGGAUGGCUCACUCUCUUUGCACACUAGAAGUUUAAAGUAUGGAAAGUUGGUGCAAGGAACACUUGUGAAAGUGUUUCCAUCACUAAUUAAACGUAGAAAAAACCAUUUUCACAAUUUGCCUUGUGGCAUAUCUGUUAUCAUAGGUAACAAUGGCUAUAUUUGGAUAAGUCCACAGCAGCAAGAUAUACUGUUAGAAGAUAAUAAGGAUGAGAUUCAAAAUUAUGAAUUGCAGCCCGUAAGCCGAACAGACAGAGAAACGAUGGCAAGAGUAAAGAAUUGUAUUGCGGCAUUAGUAGCAUCUAAAAUGAUGUUAGAUGACACAAGCAUUAUGUUUGCUUUCGAGGAGAGUUUGAAAUACGACAAUGUGAAAGACCUACUGGAUCCGGAGGCGAUGCUCGAUAUUGCGUUCUUAGCACAACAUCGAAUAAACACUGUUAUGGAGGAUUAG